AUGCUCUCCCAACUCGGUCAAGGCAUACAAGCAGGACAAGAUCCUGCAACUGGUGUGUCCUUCUGGUGUUCCAUUCUCCUAGGACUUGGCAUUGGCAGCUGGUUAGCGAAUACGUCGUUUCUUGGUUUAUGGAUUGUUGUCGGGGAACUCCAAGCUGGAGAGGCUCGCCAAAAGAUCCACAACAGUUUCGCUUCCAAGCGGGUAGAGUGGCUAGGAUCUCUGGAUGAUGGAGUUGAGGGUCUUCACACAAGAAUACACACACAAAUUCGCGAGCUUCAAUCAGCAACUUCCCAGGUUUUGGGAUUUCUCAUCUGUGACUUGAUCACAGCAUGUGCAUCCAUUGGCAUCGCCCUUUAUUUUUCCUGGAAGCUAGCCUUAGUUCUUCUUUCCACUCUGCCAAUAUCCUCUAUAGUUCUUGGCCUUAUUAUGCGCAACCUGGACUCUGCGAUAACAUCGCAGAAACAGUUCUUACAGCAAGCAUCUACUUUCGCUGCGGCUUCUCUCAGGGGCAUUGAUCUUGUCCGAGUCUUCACUGGUUUUGAUAUAGAAAAAGUUAAAUACCGUUCGGCUCUAACGCUUGCUUCGAAGCACUUCUUCAAACAGGCGCGCAGCACGGCACUUCAAAUGGGCUACGUUGCUUUCUGGUCGAUUGCAAUCUUCGUAUUAGGCUUCUGUGUCGAGGCCCUCGCUGGUCAUUGGCUCGUGUUAUCGAAAGGAAAGUCUGCUGCCGCCUUCCUGUUGGACCUAGUUCGGAACGAAGAUUGGUUGGAAAGUUUCGCGCACAGGAACACGCCGCCUCCUCAAAUCCUUGGUGAUGUUUGGCUAGAUCAGGUAAACUUUGCCUACGCAUCUAACCCGGCUACCAAUAUCCUACAGAAUGCCACGGUGCAUUUCCCGGCGAAACAAAUCACAUUCCUCAUUGGUCAAAGCGGGUCAGCUACCGUGAAAGAUGGAGAUGGCGAACAGUUGACUGAAAAGAGUCGUUCCGAAUGCCAAAACUCAAAAGCUGACAAUCCCGUCUCGCAGCGUCCCUCUAUGAAUUCUGUAGGCAGUAUGCUAGGCACCGUGUGGCAGUCUCUUGGACAUCGCGACCGUGUCGCGCUCGUGUCUGCCAUUCUGCUCUGCCUUGCUGCUGCAGCUACAACGCCCGCCUUUGCCUUCUGUCUGGCUCAACUGCUCAGCGCAAUGUGGUCAACCACAAACAAGAGGGAAAAGGGAUUAAAGUGGGCACUGUAUCUCAUUGGCAUUGCUUUCGCAGAUGGAGUCUGCACGGCUGGUGGGCAUUUUCUAUUUGAAAAAGUCGGCCAAAGAUGGAUUGACCGCCUUAGGCAAGAUGCUUUCAGUAACGCGCUGGAGCAGUCAAGCUCAUGGUUUCGAAGACCCCAAGGUGCACCGGCUCUUCUCGUCCAAUGUCUCGACAGGAACGGCCAGGAAAUGCGCACCAUCAUGGGCAAGAUAAUGCCUAUUUUGAUAGUGGUGCUUUCAAUCAUGUGCAUAUCCAUCAUUUGGGCACUUGUCAUCUGCUGGAAAUUAACAAUGGUAACGUUAGCCGCUCUGCCGGUCAUUUUGCUUGCGAUCAAGAUGUACUCAACAGUCAGCUCGACAUGGGAGAAGAGAUGCAAUGACAGCGCUUUGACCUCGAGCGCCGUGCUCAGAGAAGUCUUGUUGAACUUUGAAUUUGUUCGAGCGUUUUCACUGCAUACAUAUUUCCAGGAAAAGCAGUCGGAGGCUGUCAGACAAGGCCUUCAGAUGGGACUGAAAAGAGCUCUGUUCACCAGCCCUACGUUCGGCCUCUAUCAAUCCAUGACCUUGCCUCUUGUUGCCAUGGUUUUCUAUUACGGCACAACACUUGCCUCGAAGGAAAGCUCUGGUACAACUGUAAAUGAGGUUCUCCAGGUCAUCAAUCUUUUGCUAUUCUGCAUAGGUAAUUCCUUCGAGCUACUGAACAAUCUCCCGCAACUCACAGCAGCCAAGGUCGCCGCUGUUGAACUUUUAGCUUAUGCUAGGAUGCCAAAAACGGUUUCCAGUCGAGGCGUAUCAGCCAUUCAGCUCAGCUGCCCGCUACCGAUACGGCUUCGCAACGUAGACUUUUCACCCGAAGACUCUCCAAAAGUCCUGAAAGGGGUUUGUCUCGAAAUCCAACCCGGCUCCUUCUUGGCUGUCGUAGGGUCAUCCGGCAGCGGCAAGUCAACCUUGUUAUCGCUCCUUCUUGGAACUAAUAUUCCCGACGGCCUUCCUGAGCAUGGCAUCGCGUCAGAAUUCUCCUUUAACGGGGCUCCAUUUUCCGUCGUAGAUGUACAACAUCUUCAGUCGAUGAUGGCGUACGUCCCUCAAGCGCCGUUCUUGUUUCCAGGCACCAUCAGAGAGAACAUUGCGUACGGGAUCCAAUCAACCUGCCCUGGCGCUUUGCAAAAGGCUGUUACUGAGGCUUCCAAAGCCGCAGGGAUACAUGACUUUAUCGUAUCGCUCCCCGACGGAUACAGCACGGUGGUGGGAGAUGGUGGACAAGCACUAUCAGGGGGUCAGGCUCAACGAGUAAACAUUGCGCGUGCCUUGGCCAGAAAGCCACGUCUUCUAGUUCUGGAUGAGCCGACAAGCGCUCUGGAUCCGGAAAGCACGUCUACUUUUCGCGAAAUGAUAGGAUGUUUGAUGCGGACGGGGCAUGAAGAAUGUGCGGGAAUGGCGGUAGUUGUUGCGACGCACAGCGUAGAGAUGAUGCAGAUGGUUGACGAAGUUGUGGUUCUAGAGGGAGGACGAAAGGUGGAACAGGGAAGAUAUGAUGAUCUGGUUGCCAGACAGGAUCAUCUAUGGCGGCUUGUCAACAGCGAGACAUGA